CCAAAGUAACGUUGAAGUUUUGAGUUUUCACUAUGCCUCCGAAAGCAAGUGGAAAAGCAGUUAAGAAGGCUGGUAAAGCCCAGAAGAAUAUCACGAAGACUGAUAAGAAGAAGAAGCGUAAGAGGAAGGAAAGUUACGCGAUCUACAUCUACAAAGUGUUGAAGCAGGUUCAUCCUGACACUGGAGUUUCCAGUAAAGCUAUGAGCAUCAUGAACAGCUUCGUCAAUGACAUCUUCGAACGUAUCGCUGCCGAGGCUUCUCGACUCGCUCACUACAACAAGAGAUCGACGAUCACGUCUCGGGAGAUUCAAACUGCUGUACGACUUCUUCUACCCGGUGAACUCGCUAAGCACGCUGUCAGUGAAGGCACCAAAGCCGUUACCAAGUACACGAGCUCGAAGUAAAUCAUCUGAUCACUAACGGCCCUUUUCAGGG